GUUGGCUGUCUACUCCAAACACGGAGCAAAUAAGCCUCUGCACAACGUUACCUCAUCGCGUGCAAGUUAAUUGGUCACUGCUGACCCCAGAAGGAGACAUUCUUUAAGAAACACCAAUGGAGCAGUAUGUGGUGAAGAACAAAAGGACCACUCUAGAAAGGAUAGACAAGUUUAUAUCUCCAAUAUACUUCACAGAUGUCAAUCUAAGAGGAAGGUUAUAUCCCCUGAAAACAGAGCUUACAGGCAUAAAACAUCACAAGGUACCUGACUGUGCCAGAGUGCCAUACCAUGUGGCUGUGAAUGGAGAAUAUGAGGAAGGCAAGGUGGGAGGCAGCUAUGGCCCAACAUGGUCAACUCACUGGUUUAGACUGGACAUAGAUAUUCCAUCAGAGUGGACAGGACAGGAGGUCCAUCUCAUCUGGAACUCUGCAUCUGAGGCCAUGGUUUGGAAAGAUGGAAAAGUGCUUCAGGGGCUCAGUGGAGAAGACAGAGAAUAUUUCAUCAUCACCAAAAAUCUGGGAAAGAGCAAUCUGCGCCAGGUGUACUACAUAGAGAUGGCAUGUAACAGAGAGCUGGGCGAGGGACAAGGUGGACUGAUAAAUCCACCAGAUCCGAAGAAGUAUUUUACUCUUUCAAAAGCCCACAUUGCUGUGUUUGACAGAGAUGUGUACAAUCUUUUGCAGCAGUUUCAAAUACUGUAUGACAUUGUAAAGCAUCUUCCUGAGAACAGCAAUCGUGGCUAUCAAGCACUUCACACUGCCAAUGACAUGAUCAACACCUGUGAUGUCUUUGACAAGUCAACCUUUGGAAAUGUGAAUUCCAUUGCUCAAAGGUUCUUUGCUCAAAAGAAUGGCGAUAGCCAGCACACAAUUUAUGCAACAGGGCAUUGUCAUAUUGAUUCAGCCUGGUUGUGGCCAUAUGCAGAAACCAUCAGAAAGUGUGCCCGCAGCUGGUCAUCUACAGUAUCUCUGAUGGAUUCCUACCCCCAGCUUACCUUUGCCUGCUCCCAGGCACAGCAGUUUCAAUGGGUAAAAGAUAAUUAUCCAGAUUUAUUUGAGAGAAUCAAACACUAUGUGAAGGAAGGCAGAUUUGUCCCUGUUGGUGGAACAUGGGUUGAAAUGGAUGGUCUAAUUCCAAGUGGGGAAGCCUUCAUCAGACAGUUUCUGUACGGUCAACACUUCUUCCAACAAGAAUUUGGAGUGCAUUGUGAGGAGUUUUGGCUGCCUGACACAUUUGGCUAUUCAGCACAGCUCCCUCAAAUAAUGAAGUCUUGUGGCAUCAGCAGAUUCCUCACUCAGAAAAUGAGUUGGAACCUGGUUAACAAAUUCCCACAUCACACGUUUUGGUGGGAAGGGCUAGAUGGCAGUCAGGUUUUAGCCCAUUUCCCCCCUGGUGAUAGCUAUGGGAUGAAGGGCAAGAUUGAAGAGCUGCUGAAGACAGUCAAUAACUUUCUAGACAAGGGCCGGUGUAACUGUAGUAUGUACUUGUUUGGUUUUGGUGAUGGAGGGCAAGGACCAACGGAAGACAUGGUAGAAAGUCUGCUCAGACUGAAGGAUAUUGAUGGCCUCCCUAAAGUGAAAAUGGCUACCCCCGGUGAAUUUUUCCAGCAAGUUGAGAGCGCUGAGUCAGAUAACCUGUGUAAAUGGGUUGGUGAGCUGUACCUGGAGUUACACAAUGGCACCUACACCACUCAAGCCAAGACUAAGGAGAAGAACAGGAGGUGUGAAUUUCUUCUUCAAAAUGCUGAGUUAUCCAAUACCCUGGCCUUGGUACUUCACAAGAAGAACAAUGUGGACUACAACUAUCCUAGUGAUGAGCUAGAGAGACUGUGGAAACUGCUGCUUCUUAAUCAGUUCCAUGAUGUGUUGCCAGGAUCUUCCAUUCAAAUGGUUUACAAAGAUGCACUGAAGUAUUACCAUGAUAUCGAGACAAGUGGUAAGAAGAUUCUGGUCAAUGGACUGCAGGAUUUGUUGACCCAACAGGCAAAGGAUACAAAUGACUUUGUCCAGACAGCCAUAGUAUUCAACCCACUGUGCUGGCAGAGAAAAGAGGUGGUUGUCCUGCCCCCAAAUGCUGAUGAUAAACUCAAGUCUCCAGCCAGGAAGAAGGCAAAAGCUGACAUAUCUACUAUCACACAGAUUAGCCCUCCUGAGGGGAAAGUGUUGGCACUGGUAGAUGUUCCAAGUAUGGGACAUGCUGUCCUUCCCUUGGCAAUGGCAGAUAUUACACCUGUUUUCAUAGAGAAGAAGGAUGACCAGCUCAUUUACAUUCAGAAUGAGCACCUGUCAGCAGCCAUUGAUCCCUUGGGAAGAGUGGUCUAUAUGGCUGCAGCUAAUACAGAAAAGAAUGUGUUUUCUAAAGGCCUUGGUAACCAGAUUGUGAUAUUUGACGAUGUGCCUCUGUUUUGGGAUGCCUGGGAUGUGAUGGACUACCACCUGGAAACCAGGAAGUGUGUAGAAGAAGGAAUUCAGUAUGCAAUGAUAGUUGAAGAGGGUCCUCUUAGAGCAUCAGUAGAGGUAUCUCUAAAGAUAAGUGAUCACAGCUACCUGAAGCAGGUAAUCUCCUUGGAUGUGAACUGUCCAUAUAUGAAGUUCAGCACAGAGGUUCACUGGCACGAGAAUCACAAGUUUCUGAAGGUGGAGUUUCCCGUCGCCAUGAGAGCCAUGCAGGUGACCUAUGAGCUUCAGUUUGGGCAUCUGCAGAGGUCAACACAUUUCAACACCUCGUGGGACUGGGCAAGAUAUGAGGUGUGUGGUCACAAGUGGGCAGACAUUUCAGAACAUGACUGGGGCUUGGCUAUCCUUAAUGACAGCAAGUAUGGGUACUCAGCCAGAGACAAUGUCAUGAGAUUGUCACUGCUGAGGUCCCCCAAGGCCCCUGAUCCAAAGGCUGACAUGGGAGUGCACUAUUUUACCUAUGCCCUUAUGCCACAUACAGGAACAUUCCAAGAAGCAGGUGUGAUUCAGCAAGCAUACAACUUGAACUGUCCAUUGCAACUGCAUCACCUCAAACUGCCAUCCACCAUUGAUAGCAUGGCAUCCUACUUUUCUGUAGAUAACCCUGCUGUUGUUUUAGAGACUGUGAAAAAGGGUGAAGAAGGGGAUGACUCGGUCAUCAUUCGUAUGUAUGAGGCAUUUGGAAGCACUACUACAGCUACCAUCACCACCACACUCCCUUUCACAGAGGUUCAUGUCUGUGAUUCCUUGGAGUGUAUCAUACCACGUGGAGAGGUGGACUUCUACCCACUGGUCAGUUUUGACCACCCUGAUAUUGUUGUGCAGUUCACACCUUUCAAGAUAGCCACUCUUAUGCUAAUGGUGUAAGGAUGCAUGGCUAGUGUUCUUGAAAAGAUUAUUAUGUGGAAAUGAACGGGGAUUGUUGAAAGAACUUGUCUGUCAUGUAUGGAUGGUCCACAAAUGUACAAGAAAGACAGCCUGAAGUAGCAGUACAGAAAGAUGCCUAGUUAUCAGUUGAGAAUAUUUAUGUAUGAUAAAGAAUAUCAGAAUGAUCUUUUACUGUUGGUGUCCAUGCAGUGAUUAUUUCAACCGAAUUUUUGUUUAUUUAUUCAGAUGUUUUUCACCGUUUAUUGAGAUAGUAUUUUGCAAGUUUGACAUCUGCGUGAAACUAGUUUCUAAGUCAAAAAUUUUCAAUAUAUUCCAUCCAACUUUUUUUCUGCUGGAAAGUUUUGAUUAAAAUCGGUGGAA